UAGCUUUGCUCACCAAAUCCAUGUAGUUGCAGCACAAGAGAGUGAGAAGCAAGUAGCAAGAACAUGAAAGAAAUGUGAAGUUGUCCACAUGAGAUAAUUACCACUCAUCCAACCAAUGACCCCAUAUGCUUAAGAAAUAAUCAAGCACAAUUAGCCACACCAUUCUCUAUCCUACUCUCAUCCUCAUCUACCUUUUUGUCCUACCGGUGAAGCAAGUAGCAAGAACAUGAAAGAAAUGUGAAGUUGUCCACAUGAGAUAAUUACCACUCAUCCAACCAAUGACCCCAUAUGCUUAAGAAAUAAUCAAGCACAAUUAGCCACACCAUUCUCUAUCCUACUCUCAUCCUCAUCCACCUUUUUGUCCUACCGGUGUUUCAAGAUUCCGGCCAGAAAAGAAAAAAAAAAACCCUUUAGAUCUCACACACUUAUCCUCAUUCAUUCUCUUCUAUCUUUGUGUUUGUUCAGUUUAUCAAGAAACUUGACUUGGGAAUAAUCUUCUUUUAUUUCUCAUUGAUUUUGGAUCCUACAUUAUCCAAAAUAGGAGUUGCAAUUAUAGUAGUUGAGUGUAUAUAUGGAAGAGAGGGAAAGGAGGAGAAGGAGAUGGGGUGUAUUGGGGCUAAAAGGGACAGAUAGUCAUGUUGAGAAACUGAAGAGUUGUAUAGUAUUUCCACAUAGGUCAAGAAUGAAGCUAUGGAUGAUAAGGGCUACAACAAUGGUGUUAUUGUGGACUUGUUUUGUCCAAUUCACCACAUUGGGUGAGCUUUGGGGUCCUAGUGUUUUGAAAGGGUGGCCUUCUUGCUUUUCCCAUGAGUACUCUUCUGUUACAUCAUCAUUGGUUGUUAAAUCUGUCCCUGCUAGAGCUCUUCCACCAAAGAGGGUUUACCAGAAUAAUGGUUAUCUCAUGGUUUCAUGUAACGGAGGUCUUAAUCAAAUGCGAGCAGCAAUAUGUGAUAUGGUUGCUAUCGCAAGAUAUUUGAAUGUGACUCUUAUAGUACCCGAGCUGGAUAAAACCUCCUUUUGGGCUGAUCCAAGUGAAUUUGAAGACAUAUUUGACAUUGAUCAUUUUAUAACGUCCUUGAGGGAUGAAGUUCGAAUAUUGAAAGAGCUACCCCGAAGACUGAAGAGGAGAGUAGUGCUAGGAAUGAUUUAUACCAUGCCUCCUAUUAGUUGGUCUGAUAUUUCUUACUACCAACAUCAGGUCCUUCCUUUGAUACGGAAAUAUAAAGUUGUUCACUUAAACAGAACUGAUGCUCGGCUUGCCAAUAAUGGUCUGCCUUUUGAAAUUCAGAAGCUGCGGUGCCGAGUCAAUUUUGGUGCCUUAAAAUUUACCCCUCAGAUAGAAGAGUUGGGUAAAAAGGUUAUUCGACUUCUCAGACAAAAGGGUCCUUUUAUGGUGCUGCACCUGAGGUAUGAAAUGGAUAUGUUAGCUUUCUCUGGCUGUAAUCAGGGCUGCAACAAGGAUGAGGUUGAAGAGUUGACAAGAAUGAGAUACGCUUAUCCGUGGUGGAAAGAAAAAAUCAUAAACUCUGAAUUGAAAAGAAGAGAUGGUCUCUGUCCUUUGACACCCGAGGAGACUGCCCUUACUUUAAGGGCAUUGGACAUUGAUUCUAGCAUCCAAGUUUAUAUUGCUGCUGGGGAGAUAUAUGGUGGGACAAGGAGAAUGGCGAGUCUUGCGGCAGCUUAUCCAAAUCUGGUGAGGAAGGAGACACUACUAGAGCCUUCUGAGCUUAGGUUCUUUCAAAAUCACUCUUCACAGAUGGCUGCAUUGGAUUAUCUUGUUUCGCUGGAGAGUGAUAUCUUUGUUCCGACAUAUGAUGGAAACAUGGCUAAAGUUGUUGACGGACAUCGCAGGUCUCCCAUUCUAUGCAGACAUCUUGGAUUCAGGAAAACGAUUUUGCUGGACAGAAACCUCCUCGUAGAUUUGAUAGACCAGUAUAAUGAUGGAUCGUUUACGUGGAAUGAGUUUUCUACUGCUGUUAAGGAAGCUCACGCUGAACACAUGGGAAACCCUACGAAGAGGUUGGUGAUUCCUGACCGACCUAAAGAAGAGGAUUAUUUCUACUCCAACCCGUGGGAAUGCUUUGAACCAUCUAAUGAAGGUGAAACAUCAAGUAGCAUAUAAAUCAUGGUGGUGGUAAGAUUUGGCUAUUAGAAGAAAAGACUGCGAUGCAGUUCUGUGACAUGCUUAGAGAAUACUUCUCAACACUGCCUGACAAUUGAGAAUCUGAUAUCGUGUGGAGGCAGCUGUUGAAGUUCAGGGGGAGAUGCAUUUCAGAGCCCCAGAAGACCUUGGUAGCACUCGGGGGCAGGUACAUUAGAAUGUUGUACGUAAAUUAAAUAAUCGAUUCAUGUAUAGAAGUUGCCUUGCCAUUGCAGUGUACACAAGAGGGGUGAAAUGUAGUUUAUUUGUAUUACUGGAACUAUGGAUUCACCAAUUUUAAGGCUUCAUCUCAUACCUUAGUUGGUGGUUCCAUUCUUUUCCUGGUAGCCCCUUUAAACACUUCAUGUUACUCUUAACAUGACAAACGUUUGAGCAGUUCACGGAAAUUUAUUUGCUCAGAUGUGAGUGUAUCUGCUUUUGUUGGUAAAUGCUGAUAGAGUUUUGAUCAUUA